AUGAAGGCAUUCAUCGGCAAGCCCGCUCCGGCUUUCAAGGCUCAGGCUGUUCUUGACGGCGACUUCGUCGACGUUUCGCUCGAGGACUACAAGGGCAAAUACGUCGUCCUUUUCUUCUAUCCUCUUGACUUGUAACAUUGAAAAUUUAAACAAAUUAUUUUGAGAUGCGUUUCAGCACCUUUGUUUGCCCGACUGAGAUCAUCGCCUUCUCGGACCGCGCCAAGGAAUUCGAGGCUAUUGGCGCCCAAGUUCUCGCCUGCUCUACCGACUCUGUCUUCUCCCAUCUCGCUUGGAUCAACCAGGUUUUUACCUGAGCAAAAAAUUGUCAUGAACGUUUCAUUUGUGAAGAAAAUCAGUUAAUCUUAACUCGAAACAUCAUGAGCGAAAAAGUUUAAGCAGAUUUUUUGGACUUGAAAAUAUUUUUGUAUAGCAAUCGUUUUUAGACUCAGAAAUUGGGAACUCACAUUUGCGCUUUUCAGAAAUGAAUCAAUGGGAAAAGGAAAAAAUUGAAAAAAAUUGAAGCAAUAGAAAGUUUCAUUUAAACAUCAAUGUUUAAAAAGUUUGGGUGAGAUUUUUCGAUUUUUUUUUUCGCGCUUUUAAACUUUCAAAUGUUUUUUUUAAUUCAAUUAUUUUUUUGAAUAUAUUUUAUUCACAGCUAUCAUUUCAUUGGGAUCUGAUUUGCAGCCCCGCAAGCACGGUGGACUCGGUGAAAUGAAUAUUCCUGUUAUCGCGGACACCAACCACCAGAUCUCGCGCGACUACGGAGUUCUCAAGGAAGAAGACGGCAUUGCUUUCCGAGGUUUCUUUCUUUUUUUCUUUCCUUUUUGGAGAUUUAAUACUGCGAUCGUUUCCGUUUCUUAUUCAACUUGAAAAAAUCGCAGGACUUUUCAUCAUCGACGGAAACGGCACUCUGCGCCAGAUCACCAUCAACGAUCUUCCAGUCGGUCGCUCUGUCGACGAGACUCUCAGACUCGUUCAGGCCUUCCAGUACGUCGAGAAGGUACCGCAUUCACUUCAAAUUCACUUUUCAAUCAUCUUGGUUUUAGCACGGUGAGGUGUGCCCAGCUGGCUGGACUCCUGGACAGGAAACCAUCAAGCCCGGAGUCAAGGACAGCAAGGAAUACUUCAACAAAGCCAACUGA